UCUCUAGUAAAUCGUUGUACGGCAAAGAACAUGAAGGGUCUCAAGAUGGCGUGUGCUAUGUGUUGUUGUGGCAGCGGCGAUCGAGUCCGUUUUGACGAUCAAGAAUACGUUUCACUGGAGUUCCUAUUAGAAAAAUACGACAUGUUGGCAAUUGGCAAUGAUGAGCGGCAAGAGUUAAGAAGCGAGUUGGAACGACACACAAGCAAGUAUGAGGCUGAGGCAGGCGAGGAGGAUGUGCUUGCGGCGUUCAGUUUGCUGAGGAAGGGGGUGUGUCGACCAGACUUCCCUGGACAGUACACGACACAGUUCUUCGUCGUACAGGACGUCCUGGCCUACCUUAUGACCUUGUCCAAAAAUUUGAGGGAUUCCGGGAAGAUAACUUCUUUGUCCCGCAUCCACGACUUUUGCUUCGACUUCCUCCACGACCUGAUCCAGCAGGGGCCGGGGACGACACACAUGCAGCUGUGGACAAAAAUGCUUAGUGACAGAGACUUCGGUUUCAAGGUCUACUAUUGGAGCCUCACGGGAUCCAAGCUGAAGAAACACAUCCUGUUCCUGAAGAGGGAAUACAGAAGUCAGGAACAGGGGACAGGCUGGGACGGCUUUAAAUCCACUUUCGAUGCUUGUAUGAAACAACUCAUUGACAAACAGAAUCUGAGCGGGAGAGCGUUCGCGGAGGCCCAGGCUGAGUUCAUAGAGCUGUACCUCCACGCCCAUCUCGGGUUUACCUCCCGGGAGAAGGAAGUCAGGGAGGUCCAUGAUCAGCUGGCAUUGCUCAUCUGUAACAACUACGACUACAGGAACGUAUAUGUGGGCUUGAAGGAUCCCGAACAGCUGAAACACUUCUUAAAACAGAUUGAGGACAUCAUUUGUCAAACGAAUCUGACAACUGAAGACUGUGAAGCCGUCGUUAAGAGGCUGCACGAUGUUGUGAAGAUGUUGCUGACAGUUAUAAAGCAUGGCCACAUUGACCUCAGUGUGUACCGGGACAUCCUGGAUUUCGUGGCUGUGAUCUGUGACACCAAGGCAGGAAGUCCAAUCCACUCCAUCGUAGAAGCAGUGGGAAGGUUCUACUACAGCGUCCGUCCCUUACAGGGCAACUCUGAGAUGUUCACCGUGAUGACGACGAAGCUGAUCGACUUUCUGACCAACCUGGAAGACCACACCCUGAUGAGGGUCCAUUAUGUGGAUUAUGCCAUCCAUCCAGUCCUUAGCAAUGCCAUGGGCGAGACACUGACUCCUGCACAUUGCCGGUUAACUAUAGACCUGAUCAAGGCGUGUAUACGAAUAUAUCAACCAAGAACAAUCGAAGCAGCUAAGAAGAUGAUGUAUGAAUCGCAAGACAAGAUGCAAUGGAAGGAUCACUUGAAGGAUGCGUGUGACCUGUUUGACCUCCUGACACAAGUCCAAGUGAUUGGGGAUGAUAAGCAGACAAGGGAGUAUUGCAGUAACUUCAGCGAGCUCACGGACCAUUUCGGGUAUUUGUUGGAACGGGAGCAGGUUCUGCCGAAAAUGAUUGCAAAAAUGGCGGAUUUUUCUUUGACACUACUUGAAAAGAGGGAGCCGAAAUUAUUCAAAGCAGCAAGCGACACAGCACACCGAAUCGAAUUUAAAGGGAGGUAUCACAAAGGCGUGAUCAUAUCGACUAUGGCACGGGUACUCCCACUGCUUGAAGACCCCAGGUUCGACUGGAAUGACGAUGCCUCCAGUACCGUGAAAGACCUAGCAGGGGUCGGGAUGGACACCUUAGCGUCCAAGUCGCCGGACGAGAAAGAGUUCAUUGUUCUGAUCAAGUUCUUCCGAGCAGUGUUGAAAGACGGUUUGGUGGGUGAAAACCCUAAAGAGAAAGAAUCAAUGCGCUAUCACCUUUUCUACGAGCAGGGAUCCACGUUCGUCCGACUUUUGGACGAUCCUCGGAAAAUACAGAGAGCUAUGCCGGUGGUGAGACAAUUGAUCAGCUUGAUGUCUCACGAGAGCCCCAGCAUCGCAGAUCAGGCUAUGUGGCAGGUCCAGAAUCUAGUGAACCAUGGGACCAAGGUCAUGACACAAUUCUUCCCACAAAUCCUUACUGCCUGCAUUAACACAGACAAUUAUUCCUUAAUUGAUCCCCUCGCAUCACUCUAUCCACACAGUCCCAACCUUCUGGAGUCACAGUUUGAGGCCGUGUUCUCGUUCAUUGACACCAACUAUCGACACCAAGCUUUACUGUGGUUGCACAAAAUCGCCAAGAAACAGUCAAUUCUGUUCAAGGAGAGGCACUUUGAAAGACUGAUUGAUGAUUUGUUGCAAGCCGACGACGACAAUCAGAAUUCGUAUUUGCAUAUCAUGGAUCCUCUGUCUACCGAGAUGCCUCUCAGAUUCAUUCCCUACUUGAAAACCUUGAUGGAUAUGGAACCAGACAGCGCAACUGGAGCCUGGUACUCACUCCUCCAGGUCUUAACGAAUGUGGCCGUCAGCAGCAAAGAUGAGGCCCUGUGUGAGAGAAUGAUGGCAUUUCUAGAGAAGAAGAUCCGGGGCCCCGAAGUACAUGGCGUGACAGUUUGUUAUCUUUUGGGGAUGCGUAAUGUAGGCCAAGUACAUCGACAUGUCCUGGAGAGCCGCAAGCCUGCCUUAGAGGACCUGAGGGAGAGAUCUACUGUUGUGACAACAAAGGAUCACUGUACUUAUAUAAUUGAUGUCUUGGAGGGAAAAGCUGAAAGCCUGGCCGAGGACAUCAAGGAGGUGAAGGAAGAUGUGGAAAAACUGGAUGUACGAGUGACGAACACUGAAGAGGGUCUGGUGCAGGUCAACCAGGAACUGGGGCAACAGAAGGGGGAACUGGACGAAGUCAAACAUGAAGUAAAAGAACAGGUGGAGAAGAUGGGUCAACUGGAGGAGACGGUGGAUGACACCAAGGCUAAAGUGGAGGAACUCGACGAAAAGACAUUGAGUCAUGCUCCCAUCUGGUCAAGAGACGUGGCCAGACUACUCAAUCCUGAAGGCUUUCUGGAUUGGACAAAUCUAUCAAGUCGUCUUGGCUACACCAAUGAUGACAUCAGGAGCUGGGCUCAGAUGCACGACCCAUGUAUGGCUAUGCUGAAUGAAUGGUACGCCACUCGGAAGACGAGGGAAGCCACAUUUGCUGUGCUGACAGCACUGCAAGAGAUUGACAGAAUGGAUGCUGCUGUGAUCGUGGAGAAUGCAAUGAAGAUGUCAGAAGCUGUAGUCGAGGACGAAGAGUUUGAGUACCCGGAGCCUCCAGAGGUGUUCCUCAGCUACCAGUGGGGAAUCCAGAACGAGGUGAAGCUUCUGAAGCUGCACCUGGAGAAGGCGGGCUUCACCUGCUGGAUGGACAUUGGUCAGAUGGGAGGCGGAGACAAGCUGUUCGAGAAGAUUGACAAGGGAAUCAGGGCAGCCAAGAUCAUCAUCUGUUGUGUCACUGAGAAAUACACAAAGUCUCCCAAUGGCAUUAGAGAGGUGAACCUCUCAGUAAGCCUGGGUAAGCCCAUCAUUCCUCUGUUGAUGGAGAAACUAUCAUGGCCACCACCAGGCUCAAUGGGGCCAAUCUUCAGUGAGUAUCUGUUCAUCCGAUUCUUCACCCGGCCUGGGGAGGAGACUGGUGACGUCAGGUACUGGUCAGCAGCUAAGUUCCAGGAACUCCUGAUGCAGGUCAACUACAACAACGUCAAGCAGGAUGAAAAGAAGGUGGGAAAAGAAUACAAGAACUGGUGGUGUCCUGUGGCUGAAGUCAUCAAGAUAGAAAAGAAGGACGUGAAGGCGAUGACGGCUGCCAGUCAGAAGACACAGCAGAACGUGGAGUCUGGAGCAGCCUCUCCUGAUGUAUUCAUCUCCUACCAGUGGGGAAAACAGAAGCAGAUUCAACUCUUGUACAAGCGCCUGACUGAGAUGGGCUUCACCGUCUGGAUGGACAUCUACCAAAUGGGAGGUGGGGACUCCCUCUAUGACAAAAUUGACAAGGGCGUGCGAGGGGCAAAGGUCGUUCUCUCAUGUGUCACUUCGAAGUAUUCUUUGUCGGCCAACUGCAGGAGGGAAAUCAGUCUCGCUGAUGCCCUCAAGAAACCAAUAGUGCCUCUGUUGCUGGAGAAGAUGACAUGGCCACCAUCUGGCCCAAUGAGCAUGGUGUUCACUCAACUUUUGUAUAUCAACUUUACAAAGGAUAAAUCCGUUCAGGACCUUUGGAGUGGAAAGAAGUUUAAUGAAUUAUUAAUUAAAUUGAAUCAAUACGUGCCUGAUAUUAUACUUUUUGGUAAGGAGGACGAAGAGACAGAAGUGAAUGCUUCUCCAAAUCCAGAAGAAACUCCAGCAGUCGGCGACACACUGGACACAACACCCCAGUCACAAGACAACACCACGACCAUGGCUGAACAGAUGCCUGAUGUCUCUGAUUGAACCUCCUCGACAACCACCGCCAUAACAGCAUUAACCUCUGCAGAACCCCAAACAUAGUCAACCUUCUCAAGGACAUUAAACAAUUGCUCAAGGGAGACAGGAGCCCGAUCAGUCGUUUUCAUAUAUAAUUUUGUAGUUUAUUAUAAGUUGUUCAUUGCAGGCCUGUGAUAUUUUUAUUCUUGUGAUAUAUCUAUCCAAUGUUUGUUGUCCUCUUCAGUGGCGAGUGAAGUGAGACAUGACCAACGAUUUCCUACAUCCCUCAUCGGCUCCCGUUAGCCCUCAUUCAAGUUGUGACCAGGAAGUCAGUAGGACAGUGGUUUAGCCUCGUGGGGCAAGCUUUCACUCGUGCUGCCAACGACACGGGUUCUAUUCCUGAUAUGAAUAAAACACGUGACCUUCGUGAUGUGGACAGGCUAAGUUACCCAUGCUGUAUAGAACUUCAUAAAGUUGAUAUUAUUUGCCUUUGAAAAUCUAUUGAAGAUUCUGUAAAUGUCGAGGUAUCAAUGAUUAGAUGGAUAUCAGCGUACAGGCAGGAUGCAUGUGUAUUAGUGUAAAUGACAAUCAACCCUCGUUAUUUUCUCGUAUGGUUGUCUUGUUGAAGCAAUUGAGUGACCAUGCAUCAGGAAACACAUUCUGGUCCAAUCACUGAGGUUUGCAGUGUAUGAUUAUCAUUGUACCCAACACAUUUUAAGCUCAUCUGUGAUAUUAUUAUUAUUAUUGUUUAAACUGCUGAUAGCAUCGGUUUGUUUACAUUGAAUGUAUUGUUCUGUUUGUUUUUCCUUGCUCAGGUGUUUUCUCUAUGUUAUACUACUCAACUUUUGAUAGGGAUAAUCAAAUAUGCCAGAUAUAUUUAAAUAUAUUCUUGACAUAUUAUGAAUAUAUGUUUGUGUAUCAUAGAAUGAUAAAACAAUAUUCCUAUAAACAAAUGGAGUAGUAUAUUUUCAAUUCAUAUAGAAUUUGGAAAAAUUGAUAUGU